AUGGCCACUCCACAUGUAUUAGCCAUACCAUAUCCAGCACAAGGCCAUGUUAUCCCCUUAAUGGAAGUUUCACUAUGGCUAGUAAAACAUGGCAUCAAAGUCACAUUUGUAAACACAGAAUUCAAUCACAAGAGAGUUGUCAAAGCAUUAACAGAGACAGAAAACACACAGGAAAAAGAAAUGGUAAAGUUGGUAUCAAUCCCAGAUGGAUUGGAACCAUGGGAGGACAGAAAUGAACUGGGAAAGUUAUCCGAGGCAAUUUCGACGGUUAUGCCUGGGAAGUUGGAGGACCUAAUUGGAAAGAUAAAUGGAACUGAGAGCGAUAAGAUUAUAUGUGUUAUAGCAGAUUAUGGCAUGGGAUGGGCGAUGGAGUUGGCCAAGAAGUUGGGAAUCAAGAGUGUAGCUUUCUGCCCGGCUGCGGCUGCCAUGUUGGCCUUGGCAAAUAACUGUCCAAAGUUGAUUGACGAUGGAAUCAUCGACAGUGAUGGAAGAGUCUUGAAGAAACAAAUGUUUCAACUGUCUCCAACCAUGCCUCUAAUGAACUCUGAGACCUUGGUAUGGACCAGUAUCGGUGACUUAGAAUCACAGAAAAUUAUGUUUGAUCAUAUAAAAAAAAACAACAAUUCAGCAAAUGUGGCAGAUUGGUCCAUCUGCAAUUCAUCUUAUGAAUUGGAGCCUGCAGCAUUAGACGUUAUUCCAUAUUGUAAACCCAUAGGCCCUCUUCUGGCCAACAACCGUCUCGGAAAAUCAGGCGGCCACUUCUGGCCACAAGAUUCUACUUGCCUAGAAUGGCUUGAUCAACAACCAUCCCAGUCUGUUAUUUAUAUUGCAUUUGGAAGUUUCACUGUUUUUAACGAAACUCAGUUUCAAGAAUUGGCUCUCGGGCUUGAGCUAACGAAUAGGCCAUUCAUAUGGGUUGUACGUCAAGAUAUCAAUACUGUCCAGUCGACCCUACCGGACAUGCCAAAAGGGUUCGAAGACAGAGUACGACAUCGCGGGCUAAUGGUGGGUUGGGCUCCGCAGCAAAAGGUCUUAUCUCAUCCUUCUGUUGCUUGCUUCUUAAGCCAUUGUGGUUGGAAUUCUACCGUGGAAGGGGUAAGUAAUGGAGUCCCAUUCUUGUGCUGGCCAUAUUUUGCUGACCAGUUUUUUAAUCAGACCUAUAUUUGUGAUCACUGGGAAAUUGGACUGGGAUUAGACAAAGAUGAAAAGGGAAUAAUAAGAAAGGAAGAAAUUAAGAAUAAGUUGGAACAACUUUUGACUGACAAAAGAUAUAAAAGAAGGGCCUUGAAUCUUCAAGCAAAGACCAUGGCUAGUGCCACAGCCACAGGAGGAUCAUCCCAUAAGAUUUUCAAUAAUUUAGUCGAAUGGAUUAAGGAAAAGGAUAAGAGCUCAUGA